AUGACAUAUGGAGAACCAUUACGUCUACCAGGACAACUCCUUGUCCCAGAUGAACAACCAACUUUAGCAAUGGAAAACCCGGCUGAUUUCGUUGUACGUCUUCGACGGAAAAUGGCUGAAGUACAACCAACACCAGCAUCGCGACAUGGCAACAAACGACCCUUCGUAUUUAAAGAGCUACCUGGAGCAACGCACAUAUUUUUGCAUGACGAUACCGUCAGACGUCCUCUGCAGCCACCAUACACAGGUCCAUUUAAAGUAUUAAAGUACGCCACUGAUGGUAAAACCUUGAAUAUCGAUUUAAAGGGGAAGGACAUCACUGUAAGUGUCGAUCGCGUUAAACCAGCGUUCGUCGAGCAGUUUGCCUUUCCUUCAGCUCGCACACCUGGUCCUGCACCCGCUGGUCCUGAACCGCCGUCAUUACUUUCGCCUACUGUGGAAAAUAUUCCUCCCAUUUCUGCCCCUAAUCCUGUGGUUACCAGGUCAGGCAGGAGGGUUAGAUUUAAGACUAGAUUAGAUUUAUAA